AUGUCAGAGAAAACWGUCUGUCUGUCUGUUUGUCCUCUGCUUUCAUCACAAUCCACAGAGAAGACUUCUGUGACCUCAAAAGAAUAUGAGAGAUUUCUGCAAGCCAACAACAGAGAAUUCAACGCUCUUUUUGGAUAUCCAAACAAUGCCAUCAAGACCUCAAAAUAUACUAUUUUGAACUUCCUGCCCCUGAACCUAUUUGAACAGUUCCAGAGACUUGCAAAUGCCUAUUUCCUGGUAUUGCUAAUUCUACAGUUGAUUCCCCAGAUCUCCUCCUUGGCAUGGUACACCACUGUGGUACCUCUGGUGGUGGUGCUGUCCAUAACAGGAGUGAAGGAUGCCAUCGACGACUUGAAAAGGCACCAAAGUGACAAUCAAGUUAACAACUGUUCUGUUCUGCUGCUGGCAGAUGGCAGGGUGAAGGAGGACAAAUGGAUGAAUGUCCAAGUGGGAGAUAUAAUAAAACUAAAAAAUGACCAGGCUGUCCCUGCAGAUCUACUAUUACUCUCCAGCAGUGAGCCAUACAGUCUGACAUACAUAGAAACAGCAGACCUGGAUGGUGAAACCAACUUAAAAGUGAAGCAGGCCAUCACCAGUACCGGUGACCUGGAAGAUAAUCUGGAGCUGCUUUCUGUCUUUGAUGGAGAAGUGAAGUGUGAUCCUCCCAAUAACAAGUUAGAUAAAUUCACAGGAAUCCUGACCUAUAAGAGGAAAAGCUACCCCCUGGACCAUGACAAGCUGCUGCUCCGCGGCUGCAUCAUCAGGAAUACAGAUUGGUGUUUUGGCCUGGUCAUUUAUACUGGGCCAGACACCAAAUUAAUGCAGAACAGUGGGAAAUCCAUCUUUAAACGAACACAUAUCGACCAUCUCAUGAAUCUCUUUGUGAUCUGGAUUUUCCUGAUUUUAGGUGUCAUGUGUAUUAUCCUAGCAAUCGGGCAUGGUAUUUGGGAGACCAAGAAAGGCUACCACUUCCAGAUUUUUAUGCCAUGGGAAAGUUAUAUCUCUUCAUCAGUUAUCUCUGCCAUGUUCACUUUCUGGUCCUACUUCAUUAUUCUCAACACCAUGGUGCCCAUUUCUCUUUAUGUAAGUGUUGAAAUAAUAAGACUAGGCAACAGUUUUUAUAUCAAUUGGGAUCGGAAUAUGUUUUAUCAACCAAAGAAUACCCCAGCACAGGCUCGCACUACCACACUAAGUGAGGAGCUUGGCCAGGUCAAAUAUUUGUUCUCUGAUAAAACAGGGACAUUGACUCAGAACAUCAUGAUUUUCAACAAGUGUUCUAUCAAUGGAAAGGUCUAUGGUAAUUCCUGUAACAAGGAGGAACUAAGGGAGUCACUACCUGAGAAAGAAAAAGAUAACUUCAAAAAGCUGGCCGGUCCUGCCUUUCCAUUUAAUGACAAGACUUUGGUGGAAGCAGUAAAAAAAGGAGAUUACCGGGUGCACUUGUUUUUCCUCUCCCUCUCAUUAUGUCAUACUGUGAUGUCACAAGAGAAAGUAGAAGGUGAGCUGGUGUACCAGGCUCAGUCCCCAGAUGAAGGUGCCCUGGUCACUGCUGCCAGAAACCUUGGCUUUGUGUUCCGUUCCCGUACGUCUGAGACUAUCACAGUGGUCGAAAUGGGAAAAACCAGAGUCUAUCAGCUGCUGGCUAUUUUGGACUUCAACAAUGUGCGCAAGAGGAUGUCUGUUAUUGUGCGGACUCCUGAAAAUCGGGUAAUAUUGUUCUGCAAGGGAGCAGACACCAUCAUCUGUGAGCUGCUUCAUCGUUCCUGUGUAGCCCUUAAUAAAGUGACCAUGGAACAUUUGGAUGAUUUUGCCAGCGAAGGUCUUCGCACCCUCAUGGUGGCCUACCGAGAGUUGGAUGAUAAAUUCUUCCAGACCUGGAGAAAGAAGCACAAUGAGGCGUGUCUGUCUGUGAAAGAUAGGGAAAUUAAAUUAUCAACUGUUUAUGAAGAGAUCGAGAAAGACUUGAUGCUGUUAGGGGCCACAGGCAUAGAAGACAAACUGCAAGAUGGAGUGCCUGAGACAAUCAUCACCCUGAACAAAGCCAGAAUUAAAAUAUGGGUUUUAACUGGUGAUAAGCAAGAAACUGCUGUGAACAUUGCCUACUCCUGUAAUGUAUUUGAGGAUGAAAUGGAUGAGGUGUUUGUGAUUGAAGGCAAGGACAGUGAUACAAUUCUGCAAGAACUCAGGAGAGCAAGGGGCAGGAUGAAACCUGAAUCUCUACUGGAAUCAGACCCAAUCAACAUUUACCUAAAGAGGAAGUCCAAAAGGUCCUUCACAAUGCCUGAGGAGGUGCCCUCUGGCGACUAUGGCUUAAUCAUCAGUGGCUACAGUCUGGCUUAUGCUCUAGAAGGGAACCUGGAGUUGGAACUGCUACGAACAGCGAGCAUGUGCAAGGGGGUAAUCUGCUGCCGGAUGACACCCUUCCAGAAGGCCCAGGUGGUAGAGCUGGUGAAGAGGUACAAGAAGGUGGUGACACUGGCCAUCGGGGAUGGGGCCAAUGACGUCAGCAUGAUCAAAGCUGCCCACAUUGGGGUCGGCAUCAGCGGCCAGGAGGGGAUGCAGGCCAUGCUCAACAGUGACUUUGCCUUCUCCCAGUUCCGCUACCUUCAACGUCUGCUGUUGGUACAUGGCCGCUGGUCUUAUAAUCGCAUGUGCAAAUUUCUCAGCUUCUUCUUUUAUAAGAAUUUUGUCUUCACCUUGGUGCACUUCUGGUAUGCUUUUUUCAACGGAUUCUCUGCACAGGCAGUCUAUGAUACCUGGUUUAUCACCUGCUACAAUUUGAUUUACACCUCCCUCCCUGUCCUGGGCUUGAGUCUAUUUGAUCAGGAUGUGAAUGAAACUUGGAGCCUACAUUUCCCAGAGCUGUAUAUCCCAGGCCAGCACAACCUCUAUUUCAACAAGAAGGAAUUUGUGAAGUGUUUAUUACACGGGAUCUACAGUUCCUUUGUGCUGUUCUUUGUCCCCAUGGGAACAAUUUACAACUCAGCACGCAGUGAUGGAAAGGACAUCUCCGACAUCCAGACCUUUUGCCUGCUAGUACAAACCUCCUUGAUCUGGGUGGUCACAGUGCAGAUUGCCCUGCAGACAACCUACUGGACGAUGAUAAGCCACUUCUUCAUCUGGGGUAGCCUGGGUUUCUACUUUUGCAUCUUAUUCUUCCUGUACAGUGAUGGCUUGUGUCUAAUGUUCCCCAGCAUCUUUCAAUUCCUAGGUGUGGCUAGGAACACUAUGAACCAGUCACAGUUGUGGCUGGGCCUUAUCCUCAGUGUGAUCCUCUGUAUAAUUCCUGCAUUUGGGUACCAGUUUCUCCAACCACUAAUUUGGCCUCUCAGUGUGGACAAGGUUUUGGACACAAUUCAUUAUGGCAAGAUACGGCCACCACAAGUUCAAGUCCGGACCAAAGUGAAACACCCAGGCCUGCGACGUUCUGCCUAUGCAUUCUCCCACAAACAGGGCUUUGGGGCCCUCAUCACUUCUGGAAAGACAACAAAGGCCAAGAAAAACAGCUUUCCUCUUAAAAAGCGAGGGUGGGAGCCCACACAAACCUGCCCUCCAAACCACCAGGCCGCUGCCCCACACUCCCGCGGGUUUCAGCGCUCGGCAACAAACAGCAGUACCACGCCGGACACCGCCCGCAGGGGCGGGGCGAGGGCCUCAGGAGGCGGGGCCACGGCUGCAGCCUCGCCGCUCCCCUCGCGGGAAAGCACGGCGCGUGACUCUGGUGCGCCCAACAAGGCGCGAGCAGGGGAGCUGGGCGAACACCUCGGGCCCAGCGGACCGAACCAAAGCGCGGUCCAGAAGGGCUGCACUAGGGCAACCCAGAUCGGACCAUCGGCACCACGUCGCAGGGGGGACCGGGCGUUUCCAACCCGUCUGGAGAGGAGGGGAACGCCGGCGUGCACCGCCUGCAACGCGACCCCUGGAGGGCGCGAGACGCUGCCGCUGCAGCCGCCGCCCGCGCGGAAGGACGAGGCUGAAGCGAGAAGCGAGGUAGGAGCGACUCUUCUGAGGCUGGCGGGAUCCUGGAGACCCACUGCCCCCAAGUUUCAAGUGGCCCCUUGA